UAGAGAUAGUAGUCGUUCAACUUUGACCAUCCGGGUAACUGUGAAUGAUAACAGCCAAUGAGAGCCGUUUAUGUUUUAGUUAUCAUUGAGAAGGCGGUGUGGUUAGUGUAUUUUAUAGUGUAGUAAACUGUUUGUAAAAGGAAUCAUUAUGGCGAAUAAACCUAUCGAAUGGAUGGAUGAAGUAAGUGGUAUUUGCAUAGUGCCUAUAGAAAGCGCGGGCGCAGUGGACAGAGCUCUCGACGUACUCUUUGCAGACGGCAAGUCUAUCAGAUUUGAGGACUGUUGGCUUAGAGACCAUUGCAGGUGUUCGUCUUGCUACUACUCAGAUACGUUCCAGAGAGCUCAUCAUAUACUAGACAUUCCUGAUGCGACAAUUCUUAGUUUCGAAUUUGAUGGAAAGAAGAUUGAUGUUGUGUGGAGCGACAACCACAAAUCAACGUACGCAGCGGAAUUCCUGUAUAAAUUCGACUAUACAACAUGGAAAGAAAGUCGGCGACUCAAACCGAUACUAUGGCAUGGGAACAUACACGACAAAAUAUCGGUCGUACCUAUGGAGAAGUUUCUUAAAUCUGUGGACGGGGCGAAGCACGUGUUUCAGUCACUACUCGACUAUGGCGUCGCGUUGGUAGAAGGGGUCGGUGUAUCUCUAGAAGAGACAGAGGUAGUGUGCAAGCUCCUUGGAGGUGUUCAGCACACGAUCUUCGGAGGAAUGUGGCAGUUCACCACGAGAGCUGACCACGCUGACACGGCGUAUACCAACCUGCCUUUAGCCGCUCAUAAUGAUAACACGUACUUUACUGAAGCUGCUGGUCUACAAAUAUUACACUGUCUUGAACAUAAAAAUGGGACAGGAGGUGAAACGAUACUAGUGGAUGGUUUCUACGGUGCUCUUGAAUUAAAGAAGGAGUAUCCAGAAGACUUCAACUUCCUUUCCUCUUUCAACUUGGAAGCAGAAUACAUAGAAAAAGGACAUCAUCAUACUUACUCCGCUCCUGUCAUAAGAAUUGACAAUGAGACUCAGCAACCUCAACAAAUUAGGUUUAACGUAUACGAUCGAGCAGCAAUGGCUUUUAAAAACAGUGAAGAAUGCAGGUCUUAUUACCGCUCUUUGAGAAACUUAUCGAAGUAUUAUCAAGAUCCCAGCAACCAGUGGAGAUUCAAACUGAAACCAGGGACCGUGAUGAUAAUGGAUAACUUCAGGGUACUACAUGGUAGAACCGGUUUCUCUGGCAGUCGAGUCCUCUGUGGCAGCUACGUCGCGCGCUCUGAUUGGCUGGACCGAGCUCGGAGUUUGGGUCUCAUUCACUGAAAUUUAAGUUAUUAAUAAAUGAAAUCAACACUAAA